UUAAUGAGGCGAACAAUGGCCUCGGGCUACCUGACCUGAGUGACAGAAAUGAAAGCCUUAAUUGAAUUUUUCUGUUGAGAAUUUUUUAAUUCCAGCCGCUACCCACAUCAACAAUAAACCGAAAUAUCAGCAGGUGGGCUCUUUGGCUUGAACAUAGCCCUUUGUGCCUGUUUUGGCCCCUAAUGGAGUUGUUUUCGGGCUAGAACAGAUGUUUGCCACAUGCUUGGCCCAUUACCGACGAACAUCGUUAGCAGGGCCAAAAGGCGUCUUAAGGGUUAAGCUCGUUUGCCUGCCAUUUGAUUUAAUAGUACGACUAAUUAAUAAAAGUUACGAUCACUGCUUAAAACCUAGAUACAGUAUUGGACUCCAUCGCGGCCCUAUCGCUUCAUUAUGGGGCUUUACAAGUUUUUAAAUUUACUUAAAUGCUUAAGUACGCUUUGGGCGCCCACUGCACUUACUUUGAAUGACUGCCAGACUCCACUUAAGCUGCAAACGGUGUAGAACAAGGACCGGGGAAGCCAGCCCAUCAUACUGGCCUUUGCAAAAAAGUUGGCCUAAUCCUCUGGGUGCGUCCGAAUGAAUUUCACGCUGAGAUUUGUCUAUCACGAGUUUAAUCCUUUCAUUUUUAAGCCAAUCAAAAUGAACGUUGCAACCUCUCAAGUUACUCCAAAUUUAAGAGUACCAAAAAAUAUGUAUUAUACACUUUUUUUUACCUGUAAAAGGCGGGUAGGUGUCAUUCCAGUUGUCCAAUUUGCACUUACAUUCACGCAGACAAUUCGUUUAUAUAGCCUGGCAGGGCAGGGAUAAAAAAUGGGAAAUGGGCGCGUAAAUAUGACAGUAACCAUCAUAUAGAUAGCAGAAAAGUUACUUCCUCAGCCACGUUAUUAAAUAAUAAAACGGAGAAAUUUACACUCGAUUGCGCGCAUCAUUCGAGGUCGAUGCUGCACCGGGGCCAAAGUGGCCAAAAGGACGAGGACGCUGAAUGCAAUUUCAGCCAGAAGAAUGACGGUGUUCGGAAAAAACAGAGGUGGCGAUAAUGAAAGGGCCGAACAAAGAAAAAACCGCUAACAAGCAAUUGAAAGGUCUAAAAACAAACGAAAACUUUGGGCGCAAAUAAAGCGUUAAAAUGGGAAUAGGCGAAUCGUAUAUUAAAGGCUAUUUUCACUUUGCAGUCCUGCCGAAAAAAUAUUGAUUAAAAUUUGGCCAGCCUAAAAAAUGGUAAUGAAAGAAAUAAUUUUUUAAAGCAGAUGUAACACUCGGCUACAAAUUAAACGAGCUGUAAUAAUCCUUCGAAGGACAUAAAUGCAAACUACAGAAAAGUGCUUUAUUUUAGACAUGUAUUUUGCAACUAUUUUACAUUAGAUUUUUUAUAUUUGCUUAAAUUAGUAGAUAGAUUGUUGAUACUUUUUAAGGCAUGUAGUGUACGUAGCAUGGUGUUAUAUAAAAAAUGCAUUGUCAAAACUGUCACUACACCCACACACAUAAAUUACUUAUUAAACAAAUUAAAACAUUAUAUUAAAAAUCUGCCAAGAUUCAAACGAACCAAUAAAAUAAUUUGACAUAUUGAGGUGCAAUUUUCGAGAAUGCAUAUGAUUUCAAUUGGUUAUUUUUCAGCUGCUUUUAAAGUUGUUCUGCAAAUCAAGAACAGCUGUUUGGCUUUAAAUGAACAGCUAGUAGCUCAUUAGCUCAGUUGCCUGCUAUUUGUCGCCAUGAACACAGCGACCACAAUCGCCAUCGGAUUCUUAAUGUCCAUCCCACUGAUCCUGAUGCAGCAGGACCCACAAACAGCCAACUGGUCGGCUCAAAUCGCUCUGGAACUUCAGGAGCAGCCGGACAAGUUGGCCUAUUGUCGUUCGCUUCAGCAACAGAAUCUUCGGAUAUCGCUCCAAAACACUGGAUGUGCCGCCAUUCUGAGCAACCAGCUCGGCGUGACAGGCGAAAUGCUACUCGAGAUUCAAAAGCGCUGCUGGGCGGGAUGGGGACUCCUGGCAGGACGAUGUCGCAAGUUGGCCUAGAAUUUAAGGUGCGCAAAAUAUUCCAAACCUUGUAGCUAACUGAAAUAAAGAACACAAUGGCAGGCAGCAUAUGUA